AUGCCGUUGAUAUCUCUUCGAAAUGCCGAGCUUGCCGCGUAUUUGAUCUCAUUAGGUAUUGACAAAGAUACUGGUUUACAUCUUGGGGUCCCCAUCAGCGAGUUCGCCAAACGACACGAACGAUUGAGGCAAACCGUCCAGCUUUUGGGACUAGGUCAGAGCGAGCCGCAUCAGCAUCAUUGCGAAACCCACGAAGAAUCUAACUCGUGGUAUUUGGAUAAGACGUAUCAUCUUCGUGUCGUGGAACAGCUUGAUCCUCCGCCAGAAAAUGAGAUAUAUGAGACAGCGGGGGCCGAAACUGACGAAGGAGACCAAGAACCAGUUGAUGGGCCUGCUACUGAAAAGCCUCAUAACGCAGAGAACGCGCGAGUUGGCGAAGCGCAGCAAAUACGGCAGCAGGAAGAAUGCAUGGUGACACAGCAGCCCCUAGCUCCACAAGGACUUGACCAUGCCAAAAGAGAUCGAUCGUUCGCUAGAUUUUUACCAUUCAAAGCCAAGCGAAAGAAGUUUAUUAAGACUCCGCCGCUUGAACAAGAAAAUGAAGUGCCACUGCCACCACAAGCAACAAAGUCUUCUAGAAAGGUCUCAAUAUCAUUACCGACGGAAUACUUGCAGUAUGAUGAGCCUGGCUCUGGAUCAUUAUUCGGAGAAUCGCUUCUGCGCGACAUUGAGAAGCCCAGCAUUGGCAGGCGGGCAUUCUCGGACAUAACCAACGCUUCAACGACAGUUUUCCGGCCCCUGAAAGCUAUUUUAAAGCGGGAGCUUAUAGAGAACCCGAAGCCCUCAUCCAGGUCGCUGCGGCCGACGUCAGAAGUGACUCUCAACUCCGCGCCGGGAAAAAAAACCACGCUUCCUGGGUCACAUCUUUUUUCCACGAUCAUCAACGAUAUAUCGCUUAACGCUGCACUUCAAGCCAAUGGCCUCGCACCAAGGCGUAGAAUUCCGCGCGAGGUAAAACCGGAUUUCACAAAUUUGAACGAUUACUCGUCAAUAAUGAACAACGAGAAUACGGCUCAGAAUUUAAACAGACAAGAUCGGACGAUGUCUUUGGACUCCUGUUUGAAUCAGACCAUCAUAAUAGAAGCAAAGCCGGAACUGAUUGAGGAGUCGUCUCCCCUAGCUUUGGUUCUGGAAAGUUCUGAAAACUACCCCUAUUCGACUUUGGGGUAUGGGAUGGAUAUCAUUACCAACUACCAGUAUGCAGACGAUACGCUUCCGAGACAGGACGAAAAUCAUCUCCGCCAAAAAAUGAUACUGGAUAAGGUGGACGUGGUGAAACUGAACGAUGCCUCUAUUUUCUUACCGCACCUGGAACAUUUGAGUGAUACCGAGACUAAGUAA